GCUGACAAGGACAUGCUCAGAGCCCUGGCAUGCACACGCAAUAGCAUCCUCCUUAACAGGCAGAUCAACAGACAGACCUCCAGGCACACCGACCGACCAACCAACGGAGCAGAGCCACUGACGGGCCGUGGUCAAAGGCACCGACCAACCGACGGAGUCAGGGGAGGCAGGCAGGCCAGCCAGGGUGCAUGAGCCAUGGGGAAGCAGGGCUACUUCAUCAGUAAGAAGCUGGGAUGGCUGGCGAUGUUCCUCGGGGUGGCCGGGGUAGCCACCAUCAUCGCCCUCUCCGUCGUCUACUCCCAGGAGAAGACCAAGAACGCCGAGGCAGUGCCUCCCACCACCACCACCACCACCCCUAGUAGCACUACCACUGGACCUACUCCACACACCACCCCGGCCCCAUCCAACGAGCCCUGGGACAGCUACCGGCUGCCGAUGACCCUCAAGCCCUCUGUGUACAACGUGACGCUGUGGCCUCGGCUGACCAUGAACGAGCACGGGCUGUACGUGUUCACCGGCCACUCCACGGUGGACUUCCAGUGUGUCAACGCCACAGACCUGAUCCUCAUCCACUCCAACAAGCUCAACCUCACCAAGAUGGACGGCGGAGAGCAUCACGCCAGGCUGACGGGUCUGGACGGAGCCGUGGCGCCGGGAAUCAAGAGCACCUGGCUGCAGGUGACCACCCAGUACCUGGUGAUCCAGCUGAAUGGGAAGCUGGCCGAGGGCAAGAACUACCAACUGCACACAGAGUUCAUUGGGGAGCUGGCGGACGACCUGGGAGGAUUCUACAGGAGCGAGUACUACGAAGGGACACAGCUGAAGGUGCUGGCGACUACUCAGAUGCAGCCUACGGAUGCGAGGAAGGCCUUCCCCUGUUUCGAUGAGCCGGCGCUGAAGGCUGUGUUCCACAUGACCCUCAUCCACGACCGCGGCACAGUGGCCUUGGCUAACGGCAUGGAGAUCGGUACGGUGAACACCACUCAUGAGGGGCAGAUGGUCUCCAUCACCACGUUUGAGCCCACACCUAUCAUGUCCACCUACCUGCUGGCCUUCGUCGUGUGCGAAUAUGAAUUCAUCAGAACGCCUGCCACAGAAAAAGUCCUGAUCCGUAUCUGGGCUCGGCCCCAGGCCAUAGCUGAGCGCCAGGGAGACUACGCUCUGGAGAAGACCGGCCCCAUCCUGCAGUUCUUCGAAAACUACUACAGCUCAGCAUACCCACUCAACAAAUCAGAUCAGAUUGCAUUGCCGGACUUCAGUGCAGGGGCGAUGGAGAACUGGGGACUGAUCACCUACCGAGAGACGGCCCUCCUCUACAACAACAUGACAUCAUCAAACGGGGACAAGGAAUGGGUGGCCACCGUCAUCGCCCACGAACUGGCUCACAUGUGGUUUGGUAACCUGGUGACUAUGGAAUGGUGGAAUGACCUGUGGCUGAAUGAAGGCUUUGCCACCUAUGUGUCCUACCUAGGAGCCGACUAUGCAGAGCCAGAAUGGAGAAUGAAAGAGCUGUUUGUGUUGGGCACGGUGCAGCCGGUGUUUGGUGUGGACGCCCUGAGCUCCUCCCACCCCCUCUCCUACCCUGUUGCCGAGAUCAACUCUCCCGCCCAGAUCAGCGAACUCUUUGACUCCAUCACCUACAGCAAGGGGGCGUCUGUCAUCCGCAUGCUGUCUGAGUUCCUGACGGAGGAGGUGUUCAAAAGUGGCCUGAGUACCUACUUGGAUGAGUUUGCGUACCAAAACACUGUCUACAAAGACCUUUGGAAACACCUGCAAGAUGUGGUGGACAAGACUCCGGGGCUGGAUCUUCCCGCCGGAGGAAUCGAGGAAAUCAUGAACCGCUGGAUACUGCAGAUGGGAUUCCCUGUCGUUACCGUGGACACCGGCACAGGAAUGGUCAGCCAGGAGCACUUCCUGAUUGACCCGGACGCCGUGGUGGACCGGCCCUCUGUCUACAAGUAUGAGUGGAUUGUGCCCAUUACCUGGAUGAAGAACGGGGUUAAACAAAAUUCUAUCUGGCUGUCCACAAAGACAGCCGAACAGCUGCCUAUGAAGACCACAGACUGGGUACUAGUCAACCUGGAUGUGGCCGGCUUCUACAGGGUUAACUACGACCACGCCAACUGGGAGAGGCUGCUGACCCAGCUCAGCGCUGACCACAAGGUAAUCCCAGUCAUCAACAGAGCUCAGAUAGUGGAUGAUGCCUUCAAUCUGGCCAGAGCUGAGAUCAUAGACACGGUGCUUGCGUUGCGCACCACCCAGUACCUGGACAAGGAGACGGACUACAUGCCGUGGGAGGCGGCCAUACGCAGCCUGGGAUACUACUUCCUCAUGUUCGACCGCACAGAGGUCUACGGCACCAUGCAGAAAUACAUGAAGAUGAAAGUAGGUCCUCUAUUCACCUACUUCGCAGGCAUCACAGACAACUGGACUAAGGUCCCCGAGGGACACAUGGACCAGUUCAACCAAGUGAAUGCGAUCUCCAUGGCGUGUAAGGUGGGAGUGGAGGGCUGUGCUGAGCUCACUCUGGCCAUGUUCACCAAGUGGAUGGAAGACCCAGAGAAGAACGCCAUCCACCCGAACCUGAAGCAGGUGGUGUACUGUAACGGGCUCGCGGCGGGCGGCGUGGACGAGUGGAACUUCGCCUGGCACGCCUUCAAGAACACCUCCAGCGCCGCCGAGGCUGAGAAGCUGCUCUACGCACUCUCAUGCACCAAGAUACCCUGGCUGCUGAACAGGUACCUGCAGUACUCUCUGGACCCAGACAUGGUGCGCAAGCAGGACGCCACCUUCUCCAUCGUCUACAUUGCGGGCAACGUGAUUGGUCAGCCACUGGCCUGGGACUUCAUCAGGGCCAACUGGGAGUACAUCUACAACGAUUAUGGUGGUGGUGGCCUGUCCUUUGGUCGUCUCAUCACCGGAGUCACAGAGAGAUUCUCCACUGAUUUUGAGCUCAAACAGCUGCUGGCCUUCAAGGCUGAGCAUGCGGAGACAGGUUUCGGCUCGGCCACCAUCGCUCUGGACCAGGCCAUUGAGAAGACCAAGGCCAACAUCAACUGGGUCAAGCAGAACCAGGACAAGAUCAACGACUGGCUCACCGCAGCUGCUGCCUGAAGACACUGAGUGAUUGGACGAUUGUGGGGAGGAUGGACUGGGAGUGAAUGGAAACUAGUCAGAGUGAAUGGAAGCUAGUCAGAAUUGAAUGGGAGUGAAUGGAGGCUAGUCAGAAUUGAAUGGGAGUGAAUGGAGGCUAGUCAGAAUUGAAUGGGAGUGAAUAGAAGCUAGUUGUGAUUGAAUUGGAGCGAAUGGAAACUAGUCAGAAUUGAAUGGGAGUGAAUGGAAGCUAGUUGUGAUUGAAUUGAAGUGAGUGGCAGAUAGCCAGGAUUGAUUGGGAGUGAAUGGUCAAACAGAUGUGUGAAUUCCAGGUUCAGAAAGUAAAAAUUCCCGCCACCAAUUUGAUCCAACCAUCUCUGAAUCAGCUGAUGGUAAUGAGGACCAUGGCCAUAACUACCAUUGAGGACACAGGAAACUGUUUCAGGAUGUUAACUUCUGAAACAGUUGUUUGACACCUCUGUGGAUGGUAGCUAUUCUGAAUGAGAGUGAAUGGAAUAUAGGAAGUAUGAAUGAAUGAAUGAAUGAAUGAAUGAAUGAAUGAAUGAAUGAAUGAAUGAAUGAAUGAAUGAAUGAAUGAAUGAACACUGAAUUGAUGGAAACCUGUGAUAUUGAAUGAGAGCGAAUUGAACACAGUGGGACUGAAUGAGAGCGAAUGAGAGAGUACAUUCUCUUUACCUGCCAUUGGGACAACUCACAGUGCACAGAACAACAUCUUAUCCCUCUAAACCCAAAUAUAGAAUGCAGGUUCCCUAGUCGAAUUACAUUAUCCAAAUGAGAAUGCAUUCUUCCAUCCAACAUUGCAGAACAAAACAAUACAGCUUAUUAAUAUUGCAAAGAUAGGUUUCAAGCCCUCCCAGUUGGCCAGGGUCAUAUGCAGAAAUGAAAUGUCAUUCUGUGUCCUUUGCCUUGUGGUAUGGAUCCAUGUGUAUGUGUGUGUAUGUUUGCCUUGUAAAAUCAAUAUGUAGUUCUAACUGUAUGUAUUGUUUUCCCAAAACAUGAGAUUAGACAGCAAAUGGAUUAUUUAUUUUCUAGUCCAAAUCCUUCCUUCAACGUGUUUGACUCAGGGCAUUAUGAUUUCGUAGUUUCAUGUAGUUACAGCACUUGACCUCUGGGGGGCAGACAUCUGCACCAAAGCAGGUUGAGAGUCACACAUGUACAGUAUGUAAUUGGUGGUUUUUGUUCUAAUGUCACAUUGCCUUGACCUGACGAACCAGCAAUACCCAACUUUGUUGUUAUUUAAAUGUACAAAUCUGAUUGUUUAAUAUAACAUGGAAUAUAGAAUAUAUAGAAUUUAGACGAUACUUGUGGCACCAGCACUUUGAAAAGCUGUGUUCCUGUUCAAGUUUACAUUCGGAAGCAAGUGGCUGAAGACCUGCCUGUAAAUGUCAUAAAUGUGUCUUUGGUGAUUCUAUUUU